AUGGCGAUGAAUAUCGAUCCACCCGAUGUAACAUUUCAAGCUUCUGGUGGCAAUACUACCGUCAAUAUCAUUAAUCAAUCCGAAACCAGAUUAGGCUUUAAAGUGAAAUCAACCAACAACGAUCAUUACCGUGUCGCACCAGUGUAUGGUUUUGUUUCUAAAGGUGAUAAAACGGAAUUAGCAAUCAUUCGCCUGGAAGGACCACCUAAGGAGGAUAAGUUUGUAAUUCAAUGGGCUGAGGUACCGGAUGAAGAGGAUGACCCUCAGGCACCAUUUAAAGCUGGUGCGCAAGCAGGUGAAGUGAUCCUGCCUGUUAAAGCUGAAUGA